GCUGCAAGAAGAGAUCCAGCUGAAGGAGGAGGCUGAGAACAACCUGGCUGCUUUCAGAGCCGACGUGGACGCAGCCACGCUGGCACGCAUCGACUUGGAAAGACGCAUCGAGUCCCUGCAGGAGGAGAUCGCCUUCCUCAAGAAAGUGCACGAAGAGGAAAUCCGGGAGCUGCAGGCUCAGCUGCAGGAGCAACACAUCCAGGUGGAGAUGGACAUCUCCAAGCCCGACCUCACAGCUGCGCUGAGGGACAUCCGCGCUCAGUACGAGAGCAUUGCUGCCAAGAACAUCGCCGAGGCCGAGGAGUGGUAUAAGUCCAAGGUGUCUGACCUGACACAGGCGGCCAACAAGAACAAUGACGCGCUGCGGCAGGCUAAACAGGGGAUGCCGGAGUACCGGGACCA